CCCACAUACGGAGUAUAAAUAAGGCGGGGUUGAGGCGCAAUCUUUGCCAGAGAUGAGGGGUUAAAAACCCAGUUACCCUGCAGCACCUCUGGCUAUUCAUUCAUUCUAAAAAUACACACAAUUGCUGUACAAUUAUUAAUUUUGCCAUAAAAAUGCAAAGCAAACACCUUUUACAGGCAAUUCUGUACCUUUUCAUGCUGUUUCAUGCUUGUUUCAGUGCUGACACGUUCUGCAUUUGGACUAGAUCCGCUUCAGAUGGGCAAACACAGUAUGCAUUUCUCCGAAGGACUCGGACGUCUCUUCUCUUGUAUGACAGCAUCUGGAACAAAAACAACAGCCUUUUUAGCUGCAUAACAAGUGAUGAGCAAUCUGUGAUUGAGAGUUACCUGUCCAGAUGCUGGGAAGACAGUUCUUUCUCAAAGACCCUUGAUGAACGCUUUGACAUCAGGGAGCUGAUUGAACCUCACGGCCCCUGUGAGGCUGCAGGCAUUACAGAGGAAUUUACAGCAUCUGUACGGAGGGCCAGGGACCUGAGGAGCGUUGAGCCUGAUGGAUUUGAGCGCCAGGACAGUGGAGAAAGUUCCAGACAGAUGCUGCACCGCUCAAAGCGAGCAUGGAUGAUUCCAGGGACUCUGUGGUGUGGCUCAGGAAAUAAGGCUAUGGCCUUUGUUGACCUGGGUGUCUUUGAAGAUACGGAUAAAUGCUGCAGAGAACACGACCACUGUAAAGACACCAUCGCCUCUUUUUCAUACGAUCACGGUGUCUUCAACACGAACAUCUUCACUUUAUCACACUGUGACUGUGACAACAGGUUCCGCCGCUGUCUCCUGGGUGUUAAUAAUACCAUGUCCAACCUUGUGGGCUACGGAUACUUCAACGUGCUAAAGAUGCGCUGCUUUGAGUUCUCUCAGCGGAUGCAGUGCGCCAAGAGAACGUGGUGGGGCAUGUGUGCAAUUUAUGAACUUGCUCAAUACGCUGUGGUGAAAGAUGCAGCAAACUACACCGACACACUCCCUGAACAAGACCUGGAGACGCUGGAAACGAGUUUUCACCAAGCGAUCACUCUGGGACAAAACCAGGUCACCAGAAACACAGAAGAAUCACUUACUAUACAAGAUUCCAGGAGCAACAGUGAAGAACCGAGUCCAGUUUCGACAUCCCCAGAGCCAUCUGUUACAACACAGCAGUCCCGGAAAUCUGAAGCUUCCGUUCUUCCAACAGACGCACCAAAAAUAACAGACAGACCACAAAAAGGCAAGUUUGAGAUGUGUGAGCUCUACAGAGACCUGGAUUCAUGCCAUCUACAGAUCCCUGCUUUACAGGAGAAAUUCGGUCUACGAAACCCUGGCAUGAGAACCCUUUACCACUGUAACUGUACUGCCAGGCUCGUCCAAAAGAUCUUGUCCAAGCAACUGGAUGAAACUGACCCUGUGCAUUUGCUUUUGAUGGAUCUCGUUUCACAAUUCUGCUUCACCCUGCCACAGUCUGAGAACUGUCUCAAUGGACAAAGUUGCUCAACUCAUCCACCAGAAGCACAGCUCAUCCAAAACUGGAGGAAAGACAUGACAGGAGGGCGACAUCUAGUGGACUUCAAGCGCAAACUCAAGAGGAUGAACCCUAAACGCUCCAAGAGGAAAGACUCUCCAGUCAGAUUAUAUAAGAAAUGCAUCAGGAUGCACACUAAACUGCAGAGACCUCGAGUUCCUGAACGGAAACGCUUAUAAAGUCCGUUUCAACUCAACAAAGCAGCAAAAAACUUGCAAUGGGAAAACAAUAGCAAUACAAAUGCUCUUAUGAAACAGCUUAUGUAGCCUACAUUAAGAGUCAAUGGGGGAAAACUCACAAGUCAUACAUAACCUGACACAAAUCUACAUUUUGGUAUAAGAAAUCUGUGGUGAAACAUUAUUGUGAACAUAUUUUUAUUGAGAAAGGGUUAAAUUUAGCCUAAUGUAA